AUGAACACCAGCAAUUUUGCCAAACCGAUCAAUAUUUCGGUGGUUGGCGUUAGCGGCUCGGAAUCCAUAAAAGGCGACGUCGGUGUCGGCAAGUCAUUGCUUUGCAAUCGAUUUGUAAGACCAGCUGCCGAUGAUUUUCACCUCGAACAUUGCUCGGUCUUAUCACAGACGGAUUUUGGUGGAAGUCCCGUAAUCAAUAAUGAUCACUGGCUGUAUUGGGGCGAUCGUCUUCUUGUUGGCGAUGACAACUGCCAAGUUUUAGUUCGUGUCGUCGAACAGACAGAAUUUCUCGACGACGAAACGUAUGAGCCAAUCGCAAGCAGUUCGAAGAACGAGGACUACGCGAAACGAUGCUGUCGAGUUCAGUUAAGCAGUCGAGACAAACUCAUGUACAUUCAAAAGGAGCAGUUGGGUCUUGAAGCCGAUUUCACGCAGCAUGUGCUCCAUGAUGGAAAGUUCAAUGUCGAUGGCUUUGUGUUGGUGUGUGAUGCCAGUCGCAAUCUGGCAACGCAUGGACAUCAGCUGUCUCAGAUUCUGACAAACCUAGCAAAGACGAAAAAGCCGGUGGUGGUGGCACUGACAAAGUCUGAUAAUCUGGACGAAGAAGCCAAGAAGAACAUACUUCAGCUGUUGUCGCGAAAAGAGCUGAAGAAUGUGCACCUUCCACCAAUCGAGGUGUCGGCGGUUCGCGAUGUGAAUAUUGAGGAUGUGUUCCACGCAAUUGCCCAAUUAUGCACUCCAAGAACUUACAAGCACAAAAGAAAACCGCUUCCGUUUUAUGAAGCAAUUCUAGCUGUCGAGCAGCGAAACGUCACUAUCAAGAAGGCGUAUAUCAAUUUGUUGUCGAAUUUGAUGCCAAUGAAAUCGUGGCCAACGCAGAGAUGCGCUUGGAAGCACCUUCUCAGCGAUUUGGAUCGAAACCGCGAUUUUAUUCAUUUCGUUCAAGUGUACGGCAGUCGGGCCGCAUAUCGGAUGUAUGAGCAAUAUAUGUGCGAUGCCAGAGAGCACUGGAUCACGGCGAGACUGCGCGCGAUCCUGCCAAGUUUGCCGAGAGUGAUUGCGAUUCUUCUCGAAAAAAUUGACGUAUCGGAAGUUGAAUGGAUGAUGGCUCGAGAUAUCAUUCAGAGUCAUGCGCUUUUCGAUGAUUACUUCCAGCCAAUUGGAUCUUUAGGAAGGCAAUUAGAGCCAUUGACACCUGAAGGACAAUCGACGCCAAUAAAUCUCGACGGUAGGCUGCCCGCCGAGAUUCUGAUGCUUCCCGAAGCCAAACAGGUUUAUGAAGCGUUCAAGAACGAGAUUCGACAAGCGCGACGAAAUGAGCGUCUUGAAGAGGAAUUCGAAUGUCUCCUCGGCGAGACGCCGGAAGUGACACCGGGAAAAUCGCUGAAAGAUGUCGCAAUUUUCUUACAAGGAUCACCGGCUUUUGACAAUUUGUCUCCGACCCAGGCGAUUAUUGUUUAUGACAGAUAUCAGAGAACGCUUGUGAAACGAGCCGAGGCCGAAUUCGUUGAAUGCCUUCUCGAGCACGUCGAAUUCAUAAUUGGUGUUCUUGAGAGCAGCUCGGCCUCAGAGCCGCUAUCAAUUGAGGAGCUCAAUUUUAUCAAAGACGAAUUGGAGCAAGAUCGACGCUAUCGUUGGAUGUCGAUUAUUUUCGAUAUUCGCGACCAUUUGAUCUACUCGAUUACCAAUUUUUAUAAGCAGCCGAGCUGCUCGAAAUGUCCAGCUGGUACAUCUCGAUGCACCGAAGUUGUCGUCGCGAAUGCACUCGAUCGAUUCUUCCAUAGAAGGAAUGAUCACGCCUACACCCAUCUAAUUGAUAUUCUGGUGAUUGGAGAGAACUCGAAAGUCGCACAAUUUAUAACUGAAUUGAGCGUGUUCUUGAGAAACGAGGCAUUCCCCUGCGCAUCAGGAUCGGCUUAUAUUCUAUGCUAUGGAGAAGAUGAUAUUGAAUCGAAGUCAGACAAUUCGUCAUUCACUGAAGUGUUUCUCAUUGAUUCGAUUCAAUGCAUCGAGGAACUGAAAUCGAGGAAUUUCAGUGCAAUUGUGCCGCCGGUUUUUGUUGUCGUUUGCGAACCUUCGAACUACGACAUGAUUCCGAUGCUGCACCAACAGGGAGCGAGUUUGGCCGCGAAAAUCGGCGCUUCAUUCUUCGGUGUUCGCGGCGAUGGCGCGUUCCCAACCGACGACGCGGCCAGCACGAACAUCGCCAGCGACUGCAGCUCAUUACUCGGAAGAGACCAGCUGAUAGGCAUCUGUGAUGCUAUCUGCUCUUCGCAAUUGACAAACCGAAAGCGGGACCUUCGAGUGCAGGUGUCGUUGAUGUGCGCGGACCAAUAUUCGAUGGACGCGUUGGUGGACAACAUUUUCGGUGAUUUCGAACAGAUCCCGAUAUUCCGGCCGAUUGUUCAUCCGAAUUUCACAGCAGGAGGAUUAGUACCCAUUGAUGUGAGUGUUGAAGAAAAGAAGAAGAAGUUGCGAGUGGAGUUGGCGAUGUGCAGCUAUCAUUCAUGGCUCUCACCGAGCACUUCAUACAAGAUAAAUGCGACUCAGGCUCACGUGCUCGUCUAUCAUUCGAGACGACACGCUUCGUUCGCGCAUGCUCGUACUGCCAUAAGUCGGCUUUUGAAGCGCGAACGCGACGAGGCAAUUCAUCCUGCUUGUAUUCUGCUUGUCGCCAUUUGUGAUGCUCGUGAAACGCAAGACUCGAACGGCUUGUUAACCGACGGCGACGAAUUGUGCACCUCGAUCGGUGCCGAAUUCGUUGUGAUUCGCGGAGGAAGUGGCGGCGGCGGCGGCGACGACGAGAAGCUCACCGAACGCCUCAUCGCAUUUUUUGAACGAGUCGCGCACAUCGGACAAAUGGUUCGAGAGAAGGAGAAGAGAAACGAGCGAGAUAAUGAUGGAGACGGCUACUCGAGCCUCGUCGAGCAUGUCCGACCGACAAGUCUCAAUUUGACGGCAUCCAACACGCAUUCCGCCAACAUGCCCUUUCAAGGUAUGAUUGAAAAACGAGCUGGUAAUAUUGCAAACGCGGCAGCCGCCAAAAAAGCAACUCGGCCAAGCAUGCUCAAAAUGAAAGGCGAAUCCCGCCUUAGCCGGUCCGGUCCGAUUCUAAUCAACCAUAUGCGUAAAAGUCAGCCCGACAUUCAAAUUGCACCACUCGCGACACCAGAAGCUGUCGAGAUUGCUCCAGAAUACUCGCUGGUGAAAGACGCGUUGACAUCGGAAGAAGGAAUCUAUGAGACGCUGGAUUUCGGCACGAAUAAUAAUCAUAAGAAAUCGACAAGAAAUGGAGCAGCUAUGAAUCAUCUUGAUCUUCCGGCCACUUCAACAGCUGCAAUUCCAGAUUCAAUAUCCCGCCGAUUAUGCCGCGAAUCGAUGGUGACUCGUCGGUCGCGAACCGCAUGCCUCAGUUCGUCACCAUCGCCAAAAUGCCACUUGCAUCGCACGGUGGCCCAUUUGACACCUGCCGAUAAAAUUCUGAAGCCAAUUGAUGUCAUUCGGCACAGUCUUAGUGCUGAAUCGAUCGUCGAGCUCAUCAAGCAAGAGAAGAAAGCCAAGACGAGGAGCAAUCGAUUCGUGCGCAAGGUGGCGACGUCUUUCCGAUUUCGAAAGGAUAAGAUCGAGGAGAAACGGGAUGAGGGUCGCAAAAGUGAGGAUUUGGUUGCGACCCAUCCGGCGAUGGACCAGAUCGCCGCGUUUCGCGAAAAAAUGGCGAGCAGAUCAUUACCGCAGUCACCUCAUAUGGAUCGUAAAGCUCGCAUAUAUUCAUCAUUGAAUAGUACCACAGAAAAAGUGUCAAGUGCAUUUUCAUGGCUUCCGUCGAGAUCCCCAAAAAGGAGCCAUAAAGAGAAAAGUCAAACUGUCGAGGUUGCUAAUUCAUCCUCAUUAUCAAGCUCGACAAGCACGGCCAACUCGGCGCAAGGUGUCAUCGCGAGCGAAGAAAACUUGGAGACGCUGUGCGCUGCUUCGUCUUCGGGAAUCCCAAUUUACGUUGAGAAAUGUGUCGAAUUCAUCGAAAAUAAUGGCGGAUUCGAACUCGAAGGAUUGUAUCGAGUUCCCGGCAAUCAGGCCCACCUCGCCGAUGUUGAACGGAAAUUCUUGAAGACGGGUGAAUUUGUCGUCUCGUCUGUUGAUAUACCGGUCCACGUGGCUGCCACGGCCCUCAAGAAUUUCUUCAGUUGCCUUCCAAGCCCAUUAAUUCCCGUCGAGACCCAUUUGGAUAUUAAACGAUCGAUGGCAUUUCAAGAUGAGCAGGAGAAAGUGGCGAAACUUCGAAAUGUGUUCGCCACGAUUCCCGACGCCAAUCGAAAUGUUCUACGCUAUCUGAUUUCGCAUUUAACCAAAGUCUCGAAUUCGCCUAAAACUGUGAUGGACUUGAAGAAUUUGUCGAAAGUUUGGUUUCCGACAUUAUUCCGGCCGGAUUUCGACUCGUACGAAGCGCUAUCGAGCGGAAUGGCCGCAUUUCAGCUCGCAAUGGAAACGAUUUUUGUGAAUUUUGAUCGAAUCCUUUAG